AUGCUUACUGCUGGAACUUGCGAGCCAGAUCCGCACUUAGCUGAGUUUUGUGACCGUUUUUGUAUGUCUCGUACAAUUACUGAACCGACUCGAGUAACUAACUGCUCUAUAUUCCGGAGUGACCUCCUCAUUACUGGCAACCCGGAACGCUUUGCUUUAAGUGGAACAAUGAAAUUAGGCCUCAAUGACCACGACCUGAUCUAUACCAUUCGGAAGCAGGAAAUUGCUCGAACUCUACCAAAGUUCAUUGAAUAUCGAAGUAUGAAGGGUUUCGAAAAAGAUUGCUAUCUCGCUGAUCUUAGUAAGAUCCCCUGGGAUUCAGCCAACAUUUAUGAUGACAUUGAUGAUAUUUACGAGCACUGA